CCGCUCACCAUCGCCCCCAUCCCCCAUCAGAGAUAAAUCGCACAUCUUUAAUCUUCUCUGUUGUUUUGAUUUUUGAUCGUCCCAAAGAGGGCUCCUGCGAUUUAGAAUUUGACCGAUAGCUCGGCGAAUGUAUCAUCUGUCGGAUCGUCUUAAGUUUUGACAUUAUAUUCACCAAAAAGAAUCAAUUUUUAGAGGGAAGAGAACUUAAUUCCCACCAACAGUGUAUCUGUCAAGUUUUAUUUUGAAUCGAAUAGCACCACGUGCUCGAUCCGUCGAUUUCUGGAAGCACAAUGUCCUUUCCGUUCUUGCGAACGGUUCCUCCACCUCCGCCUCCGCAAAAUAUUCAUCACGAGCGAAAUGUCCAGCCGUUCCUCCUUCCGCCUGGACAGUUUUAUGUCCCCGCCAAUCCAGGCAGGGGCAGAGGAAGAGGAAGUCAAAGAGGUCGAGGUUGGAGCAGGAAACUGCCAAAUUUCAACAAUAAUUACAGUAAUUACACCCAUCCAGUUGGCAGUCGCCAGGCGCCGAAAGUAAAAAAGCUAACCUGUGAUACCUGCGACAGGGACUUUGCCAGCCCUGAGGAGCUCUCGGAGCACAUUUCCCAACAUCAAGUUUGUGGACAAGAAGGUUGCACCUUUACUGCUCACCCAAAGGUUGUUGCCAAACACAUCGAAAUGCAGCACACAACUGGUCUCUACGCUCGCAUGAAAAAAGAGGCCGACCAGUGGAUAGAGGCGAGGAAAAAUCGGUACCCAACUAAAGACAAUAUAAUUAAAAAGGUGCAAGAACAAGAGGAAAAAAUUGCUCGAGGAGAAAAACUCUUUGAACCUAAGUCGAGAUUUGGAUCCAGAGGCCGUGGUGGUGGCUGGCGCAAGAAUGGACGUCAACAACCUUACCAAAAGCACAGCCCAAACACAAUAUCUCAUGACCCUGUCGUGAAUGAGACGCUAAAGCCGAAUGUACCGGAACCGGAACUUGCUCCUUGCUCAAACAAUAAGAAUCUUCCGGAGAUAAGUUCAGUCCAGCUUGCCCCCACGGUCCAGACUGUGAUAAACCCACUUACAAGCCUCGUAGGCCAAUACAAAUCUGACGACAGUGAUUCCGAUUCACCUCCAGAGGAGGUUCCAGUAAGCCGAGAAUUAAUUGGCCCUGCCGUGCCGACUCCACUUGUUACCGAGACUGAAAGGACUGUGAAGCAAGUUAAGGCCGAGUCAAAACCUUUGCGGCCACCAGUUGAUCCCAGGGAACAGUUUAUGAAAAGAAACAGACCACCAACUUUGCUUCAAAAACUCUUGGAGCCCGAAAUCAGACGCGAGAGGAACAUUUUGCUGCAGUGUGUGCAUUACGUCGUGCAAAACAAUUUCUUCAAGAAAUGAUACAAUUUAAAAUGGCUGUUCAGAAUCUCACAGAAUCAAACAAGCUUUUUGAGAUGACAAUUGAUUUUAAA